AUUCCAUUUAUGGGAUGUGUUUCAUCUAUAGAGGAGGGCCCCAUCCAUCUCCCACUCCCCUCCAAAUGGCUCCUGAGCCAAAGAAACCAUCUCUGUUUUGGCUCUGUUGGAUAAUUUGGGGGAUUGCCUGAUGAUUUGAGGAAUGGAGAGGGGUUCUCUGGUCCAUAGGAGCAAACCCAAGGUCAUUUUGGAGGGCUGCUGCGUUUAAAACCAGGGAAGCCGUGGGGUUUGUGGCAGCAGGUGACCUUUAAAUGCCUCCUCUCCCUGUCACCAGGGCAUCAGUUGAGUAGCUCAUCUCUCCUGAGCCUAAAACAUGACAUUAUGGGGAAGCAAAUCAAAGAGAAGAGAGGAAAAAAAGAGGGAAAAGGAAUGAAGGUAGAUGUUCCUGGACAGAUCUGCCACAGGUCUCUGAGCUGGGGACCACCCACCUUUCUCCAUCACUCUGGGUUCUGCCCUCCUAGAGGGAGUUAAAUCCUCCUGGGGGGCUGAAUUAGCACCAGGACAAAUUGGGGAGCAAAAGCUGGGACAAGAACCGACCCUUUUUAGGGAAAAGUGGUAUGGCUGUGGAGCAGCAAUGAACUCCAAGUGCUGCCUGGAUGCCCAAAAUCCCACCUGGAGCUCCCACAUCCCUGUGUCUGCCAGGGUGAGCCCCAGGAUGGGUGUCCACAGGGACAUGGAAUCUGGGGACCCUGCAGGCAGUGACAAUGUGAAUUCUGCAGCUUUCCUGAGCACUGAGGGGGAGCCACAGCCCAGAAAACAACAGAUUGAACAGAGAUGCUGAGAAGCCUCAAAAAGAGAAUUGAAAACCACACGGCCAAAAUUUGACUAUAUCAGUCAAAUCCUCACCUCCCCAGCAAGCCUGUGGGGAUUCUGGGGCUGCUCCCAUCAGUGGGUACCAAACAGAGAGGAUGCUGAUGGCUGGAGGGGCAAAAAGGGUGGGAAUGGCCAUGCCCUGAGUGGGAAUCACCACCCACCUUUCCCCCAAAGACACACUGCCAAGUCUUUGAAAAUUAAUAUAAAAAUUAAAACAAUUAAAUUUAAAUAAUGAGGAUUUUUUUUGAAGUUUGUGUCUCCUGUUCCAGCAGGUUUGAUGCCUCAACAAGGAGCAGCUCAGAACAUCUGAGUUGCCAAGGCAGACAGGAACCACACAGGGAGCUGAGAGAAGGAAAUUCCCAGGAGAAAGAACAAAACAGAAGGCAGGCCAGCUCACCUCUCCCGUGGGGACAGCGGCACCGAGGUAUAAAUGGCCUCCAAACGGUACUCGCAGUCUGCAGGCCCCGUGGUUCUCAAGAAGCUGCCUCGUCUGGCGCCCGCCCCCAGCUGCCUGCCCGGCAAAAUCCCUGGCACAUCCAGCCCCGUGCCCCACCCUGGCUCUGGAAACCAUUUCAGCUACAAGGGCUCCUACUUUGCCUGCCCGCUGCAGAGCCCCGAGGGCCCCGAGCAGCCCCCGGCUGGCUGGAGCCCCACGCCCACCUACCUGCACUAUGGCCCUGGAGCUCUGAGCCAGCCCGUGCCGGCCGAGGGGCCACUGCUGGGCCUGCUGCUGUACCCCCCAGAGAGCCUGAGCACGAGGCUGCAGCCCCCAGACACCCAGAAGAGCAAGGACAGCCUGAGCCAGGAGCAACUUAUGGUCAGGAAGAAGCUGGACAGUCCCAGGUGCCCCUUGCCGGUGAAGAAGCCAGUAGUGGUGAAGAAGGCAGCUCCUCUGGCAGUCCCCAAGCCUGUGUAUGGAGCCCCUGCCUCCUUCCUGGCUCCCAGGAUGGCUCUGCUGCUGGGAGCACAAGCAGAGAGCCUGCAGCAGCGACCAGGGGAGGCACACUGGGCCCUGCCUCCUGCCACCCACCCUCUGCACCCCAGCGAGCCCCACAGGACUGCUCCUGGUGCUGACCACAGCCUCCUGCCGCUGCCCUCCAGCCUGGCCCUGCCUUCCAGGGAGCAGCUGAGCUCCCCCGCUGCCUUACCCCACUACUGCCUCACCUUUGAUAAGUAUGGGCCACUCCCCAGCACCCCAUUCCUGGAAGCAAGUUGUUCCUCUGCCCAGAGCCAGAAGAAGGUGCCAGAAGUCCCCAGCCUCAGCCUGGAGCCCUGGCCCAAGCUCCAGCCACCUGACAGCAGCCCAGUGAUCCAGGAGAGGUCAGCAAUGUGCUUCCCACCUCCCCCCUACCCACUGUCACUCCACAGAUCUGGCCCCCUCUACCACCCCACAGCUCCCAAUGUGGGGGAGCCCAGUGCCCUGCCCAGCUUUGGCUAUGUGGGGAGCAGGGAGCCCUUUCCCAGCGCCUACCUCAAGCCCCAGGAGCCCAGGAGUUACUUUCCCAGCCCCUUGGAGCCCUACGUGCCAAGGGCAGUGGGUGCCAGGGAUGCUGAGCUUCCAGAGGAGGAGAAGGUGCUGGUGGUGAAGAAGGUUGGGAUCCCCUCAGGGACCCCCUCGGGGCAGUACUUCAGCUCCCUGCACACCUUGCUGUGUGACACCAUCUCGGGCUCGGUGUCGCGCUCCUCCCCGGAGCUCCUGCGGCAGUGGCUGAAGAAGGCUGAGCUGGCAGAAGAGCUGGGGGAGAUGCCCAAAUCCUUGACCAGCCCCAAAGAUGGUUCCAAGGCUCCCAAUGCUCAGAAGCCCAGCAAUGGCAAGGAGAUCUGGCUGGCUUUCCAGGACGUGGCCGCGCUCCUCACCAAGCUGCUCUCCCAGCUGAGGACCUUCAUGUCCGCUUGCCCUUUCCCGCACGUGGUACGGGCAGGAGCCAUCUUCAUCCCCAUCCAUGUGGUGAAGGAGAAGCUCUUCCCAAAGCUGCCUGGGAGCUUUGUGGACCAAGUGCUGCAGAAGCACAAGGUGGAGCUGCGUCCCACCACGCUCUCGGAGGAGAGGCACCUGAGGGAGCUGGAGCUGAAGAGCUGCACCUCCCGCAUGCUGAAGCUCCUGGCCAUCAAGUGGCUUCCUGAAAUCUACCCUGACCUGCUCAACCUGCACUGGCACAGCUCCAUCCAGCAGCAGCUCGGUAGCCCUGGCCUGGAGGCACUGGUGGCAAAGCAACAGCCACAGAGAGAUCAAGGGAAAGGAGGCACUGAGGAAUGUGCCAAGGGCAACAGCCAAACGAUGACAGCAAUGGGAAGGUCCUGA